AUGAGUCUCACAAGCUUCGAUCUAUCGCGGUACCUCCUUACAACCGUCGUUCUUAUCUCCUUGCUAGCUCCCCCGCACCUACUAGCAGUCUGCAGCACGCAUGACAAUGGCGCCGAUGCCGACUCGCGUCGGACCGCGUCACAACAACUGGCACAUACCCUCCACCCGCACAGUCUCGUACUGCCACGUCGGAGACUUCAACCUGGCGCCGACGGCCGACGUGGCAAGAUCCAAUUGGAGCGGCCUGUGGCGGCGGCGGAGCCGCAACACCAGGCCGUGAUUGACGGCGGCGUUAGACCCGCCGCCGUGACGGCAUCCAAGCCGCCAGCAGCAAUCCUACAGCCCGCCGCUCAAGGCCGUCGGGAAGCUGCGGACACUGCGGCGGGGAAUGCGGGCAGUAGAGAGAGGACACAGGGUGGAAGCACGCUUAACGAGGGUAUUCUAGGAAAGUCUCUAACUCAAGUUGGCCUGAUCGACUAUUUCUCGAAGAGAAUAGGACCCGCGGGCCAAUCGAAAUCCAAGCCGCGACUGCCUCUCUGCCCGGAAUUCGCGCCGCCUCUCGCGGGCGCGUCUCCCGCCGUCGUCUCCGCUUGUCAAUGGGGAGAUCCGCUCCCGCCCUCCUACUCAGCUACGGCCGUUGGACUGGGGCGCUCAGGCUCGGAACCAGGCUCGGAAUCAGGUUCGGCUAUGCUCGGUGGUCCGGGUAACGCGGUGCAAUUUAUGGGCGACUGGUUGAGGUGGAAGCAAGAGGGAGGAGAGGCGGCGGAGAGGGAGUGCAUGCGGCAGCGCGCGUGGUUCUACGCGGGAAUCGCGGAGGAAACGUGCGACUUGAGCGCGUUCCGCGCUGCUCAGGCGGCUUCCCCGCGGGUCGCGGCGGAAGGUGCGGCCGCUGCUGACGUGGACGGCAGCGGAGGUGGCAUACUCGUGCUGCGUGACGUGUACGUCAACGCGCAGGGGAUGGUCUUCAACAAAAGCCACGUGUUCGUUGUUGAUAGGUGCGGAGCCGGCCAAUGGAAGCAGCAACAGCAGCAGCAGCAGCAGCAGGUGAAAAUUCCUUCGUACCCACCUGGAACCAGAGUCACUGUGCAUCCCCACCUGAUAAAUCUCCUGCCGUACGAAGCGCACGAAGAGGAGGAGCAAACAGAAGCGAGUGACUCCGGGGCAACCGGCGGCAAUCCCGAGGGGCGGGAGUGGGUGGCGCAGGCGCGGCUGCACAGCAGCAAGGAGCGGCUGGUAGCGCGGCUGCUGCCCGUGCUCUUCCUCCUCUCCUCCUCGCUCAUGCCCGCCGCCCGCCGCUUCCCUCUCCUGCUCGCCGAUCGCCACGUGCUGUUCCACCUGGGCCUGGGGGUGUUCGGUACGGACCUCUCCUCCUUGGCCAUCUCGCCCGAGUCUCCCCUGCUGGGCGACAGCCGGGAACAUCUCUUCUUCGCCAAGCAACUCUAUGUGCCCAUCCACGUCAGCAGUCUCUGCGGCCUCUCAGCCGCCGGCCGCCCGUCCCGCCCUGACGCGCUCUGGCUCGCGCUGCGGGCCAACCACCUGCUGCCACGUGGCGGCCUGCCCAUCCUCAACCCCGAUUGGGCACCCAAACCACCCGCCCCUUAUAUUCACAACGUAGUCUUAGGAGGGCGAUCUGUGCCUAAGGACUGGGUGGUAGUGGUUUCACUAGUAUGGAGCUCUCAAGUUAUGAGAGAAGGAGGAGGGGUGGGGGGAGGGGUGGGGAGUGACAGAGAUGGAGGAGAAGGAGGAGCGGAAGCAGGAGAGGAGGGAAGACAGGGAGCCGGAAAGGGGAGCAAGGGAGCGGAGGGAGCAGCAGCAGCAACAGCGGACGGCAUGCAGUCAAUAAUCAAGUUCCUGCAGCACAUCUUCUCUAAAUCCCGUGUAGUUGUGUACGAUGAGCAUGUCCCUCUCACAGAAGCCCGCGCGCUCUUCUCCCGCGCCCUGCUGCUCGUGGGCCCCACCUCGCCUGCGCUCUCGAAUCUCAUCUUCCUGCCGUUCAAUGCAACGGUGAUUGAGAUUCUCCCCUACUCUGCCCCACAGACCACCACAGCCACCUACCCUUUCCUCCCAACCACCAACAUCUCCUCCUCCUCUUCCUCCCCUUCCUCCUCUUCAUCAUCCUCCGUGCCCUUUGGUAUCCAAGCGUCGGUCGUCAGCCAACAGGACUCUGCCACGUGGCACUACCGGCUGGCAGAGCGGGCGGGCGUGCGGCACUUUUUGUCCGCCUGCGACCCGGGCCGGAUCAAGCGCGAGCUAGGGGAGCAGUGCCACGUCAGCGAGGUGUACAGCAUCGUCAUGACAGCUGUCAAAGGGGGGGUGGCAUACACAGAAGCGGACGAGAUUGCGCGGCAGGGCGGGCGGGACGCGGAGAAGAGGUGGCGGGUGCGGGAGGAACUGAAGUACGAAUGGGUGGUGCCGAGGGGGCGCUGCCCUGCUGUUGCUGCAGGGGCGUUUGGCUGGCUCGCUUGCGAGACGACGGCCUUCGGAUCGCUUUCCUAG